CCAGUGGGGUGAAGCGUCCCAGGUGGCAAUCAACCCAGGCAGGAGGGCCUGGCACGGUCGGAUCCGGGGGCAGCAGGCAGGGGGCAUAACCCAGUGGGUGAACCAGGACGGGCUGGGAAGGUGGUGCCUGAACCAUCUGGCCAAGGGCAGUUGAGGCUUGGGGUCAACUCUCAUGUCCCCAGGGGGCCCCCGAGUAGGCAAGGUCGUCAUGGCUGCUGCCACCAAGCACCUGACACCCGUCACGCUGGAGCUGGGGGGCAAGAACCCCUGCUACGUGGACGACAACUGCGACCCCCAGACCGUGGCCAACCACGUGGCCUUCUUCCACUACUUCAACUCCGGCCAGACCUGCGUGGCCCCCGACUAUAUCCUGUGCAGCCCCGAAACGCAGGCUCGACUGCUGCCUGCCCUGCAGAGUGCCAUCACCCGUUUCUAUGGCGAAGACCCCCAGAGCUCCCCAGACCUGGGCCGCAUCAUCAGUGAGAAGAAUUUCCAGCGGCUCCGGGGCCUGCUGAGCUGUGGCCACGUGGCCAUCGGGGGCCAGAGUGAUGAAAGCGAUCGCUACAUCGCUCCCACGGUGCUGGUGGGCGUGCAGGAGACGGAGCCGGUGAUGCGGGAGGAGAUCUUCGGGCCCAUCCUGCCCAUCAUGACCGUGAGGAGCCUGGACGAGGCCAUCGAGUUCAUCCGCCGUCGGGAGAAGCCCCUGGCCCUGUACGCCUUCUCCAACAGCAGCCAGGUGCCUGGCAGAGACAGGGGGCAGCAUCAAGAAGCUGGCAACACGUGGCUGGCCAACUGUCUGCCCUGGCCGGGGCAGCUCCCGCCUGGACGACGAGACAACCGCGGAAUGGGCAGCUACCACAGCAAGUUCUCCUUCGACGCCUUCUCCCACCACCGCGCCUGCCUGCUCUCCCCCUCGGGCCUGAAGAAGCUCAAGGACAUCCGCUACUCGCCCUUUUCUGCCUGCACACAGCAGCUGCUCAGCUGGGCCUUGGGCAACCAGGGCUGCCUCCUUCUGUGAGCACCCUGUCCAUCUCCAGUGCCCCAUCCCCACGACCCCCCUGUCCUGCUGUUGCCCAGGUGCUCAGUGGCCCCCCAAAGGCUGGUGUCCUGUCCAGGAACACAAAGAUCCUGCUCCUGGGGCUUUGUCUGAACAGACCCCUGGCUGGGCAGGACCUCUGGGACAUUAGUCCAGCCCCUUUCAGGGCCAAAGUCCUCUCUGCAGCCUCCUGACAGAUUUGUUGACCCUCUGCUUGAACAUAUCUGAUGACAGAGAACUUACCCCCAAGGUUGGGCAGCUCUGGUGGUUAGAAAAGACUCCCUCACGUCAGAUCUAAAAAUAAGCUCCCAAAAUACAGAGUGAUUUCUAACAGCUCCAGUCACACCUGGUUUGGGGAGCUGGGUUUGUCUCACCUGAAGUGAUCUGAUCUUGAACUCAGGUCUGGCCAGUCGCUGGUGUUGGCCUGAAGUGCGUUAUUUACAAGGACUCUGAUGGUGUGUGUGGAAUCUAUAGGAAGGAGUGCAAUGGUUGAUUAGUGAUGUCUGCUAUGGGCACAGGACGGGGUUGUGCUCAUGCUGGCCACAUCGCCAUUCCUGCUCUAAUCUCCCAGAGAGAGGUCAGGGCGGGCAGAAUCUAAAUCUGGUCUCUUCAUCUGACACAUGGGAAAACAGAUUUAGAGCCAGGAUAGGGCUGAACUGAGUUUAUACGGUAAAGCAGGGCAGAGCUGAGUGACAGUGGGAUUUAUGGUCUCGUGGCCCUCAUCUGGCUCACACAGAACCCUACCCGUCCCUGCAGUAGCUCCGUCACCUAGAAAGCUUGGGUUUGCGUCAGUCCAUGGCCACAUUGUUACUGGGUGCCUUUGGGCAGGUCCCUUAACUUCUCUGAGCCUUAUCUUGUAGAAUGGGGUUCCCACCUACCUCUUACAGUUGGUGUGAGUGUUAGAUGGAAUCAUAUGUGUCUGGGACCCAGGGGCCCCCACCCCAGACACAGUAGGGUCCACACCCUCAUGUAAGUUAAGCCAGCAUUGGGCAGAGGCCCCGGCUGCAGAGGUGCCCCUGGCCACACACCUCCUAGAGCUUCCCAGGGCUCUGUCACAGUCACAGUUUUUGUGACAGCAGCCUCUGCUUGUCCAGCAAUCAUGGCAUGCUGCUGUCCCCAGGCUUGGGGGUGGUCCCAGGGUCCCUUAGAUGCUGGUUCCACCCUGGGAACAGGCCACAGUCCAGAGUGGGUCAUUAAGAAAAACAACAAUAUGGGGUGAUUCCUCUUCCCACCCCCACCCCAGGACACUAGGCCAGCAAGAAGGAGUGGGCAGAGUGGUCCUGGGGUCAUAAAGGAACACCUGAUAUGAGGGUACUGUGAAAGGCUGACAGGAGGGGGUGAGCAGAGGCCAAAGUGGGACUCAGAACCCGGUCAGGAUGGUAGAGGGACAGGCAGGGGCUCCAAAGCCCCUGGACAGGAACUUCCCUGGCAGUCCAGUGGUUAAGACUCCAUGCUUCCACUGCAAGGGGUGCGGGUUUGAUCCCUGGUUGGGGAACUAAGAUUCCGCAUGUUGCGGUGUGGCCAAAACCAACAGUAGCGGCAACAACAAAAAACAAAGUGGCCCGUGGGUGUGGCUCCCGGGUCACGUGGCUCUCCUGAGCCAAGACUUACGAUUUUGUGGGAUGGUUCAGGUUCUGACCCCGCUCUGGGCCUCCGUUUCCUCAACUGCAGUGAAGAAGUCGGACCUUUGGAUACUCACGAUGCCUCUGCCCUCCAGCAGGCCAGGGUCUGCUGCGCAUGUGUCCGUUCUCCAAGCUUGCACCUGCCCCUUUGCUCCCUUACUCCUCACAGCUGCCCGGACCCAGGAGGGAGCCUCAUUCCCAUUUCACAGGCAGGAGCCAAGGCCCAGAGAGGGCACUGACUCCCCAAGUCACACAGCUUGUCAGGGAGGGGUGUCAGAGCCAGUGGGGGCUGGGGGCCCCCUCUACUUCCUGGGACUCAGAGGUGUGACUCAGCAGGCCCACCUCCAGACUGUUCUCACUGCUGUGGCUCGCACACACGUUGGUACACGCAGCACAGACGUGAAUACACAGAUCCUCAGACACCAGCGCACACACACAUGAGCUUGCACACUCAGUUGGGAUUGGGGGCUGCUGUUCCUGGGAGCUCUUGCCCUGGCUCCCAGAUGCCCUUGCAUUCUAUAAACACUUUCUGAGGGUGUGGAGAAAAGGGGAGCCUCCUAUACUUUUUGUGGGAAUAUAAGUCAGUGCAGCCACUUUGGAGAACAGUAUGGAGAUUCCUUAAAGAAACUAAAAAUAGAGCGACCAUAUGAUGUAGC